AUGACGCUAACAUCAGUGCAGUACAGUAAUGAAGCAGGUCCGGGAAAAUGGCUCCAGAUCGAUCAGGAGCUCGAAACUCGGAACGGUCAGACCGUGGGAACAAGUCGUCCUACUGGACAUUCUGUUCUUGUCGAUGUUCGAUUCGAACUGCCUUACGACGCACAAGGCGCUGAUGCGGAAGAGCUUCAGGCAAAAUUGCAGGCACUGAAUCGUCUUAUCGAAAUUGGCGUUAGUGUUUUUAAAAAUCUUUUUUAUCUUUCUCUCAGUGUCAUAAAAACACAAAUUCCUGUCCGAAGGACGAAUUUCUCUUGA